AGCUGUCAAAAAGUUCUUUUACGUUACGGAACUGCAAUGCGGAUCUGCAGUAUACAUAAUACAGUUUACAUGUUUUGUUAAAUAAAAAAAGCAACAGUGAUAUAAAUCCAAGUACAAUAAGAAUAUCCGCAAUACAUUCAACCAGUGAAAAUGGAGUACCUCAAGAAACCUGAAUUGGUAGCCAAAGUUCAAAAAUAUUUCGGUGUGAAUACAAAACAUAUCCAAAAAGAUAAAGAGUACACGAUAGAGAAUAAGUUCUGGUAUUAUUUGUUUGUUUUUGGUACAGCUCUAGGUGAUGAGACCUUCUAUUCUGCUUUUAUUCCAUUCUGGUUUUGGAACAUUGAUGGGGCAGUUGGAAGAAGAGUUGUCUUGGUUUGGACAAUUGUCAUGUAUAUAGGUCAAGGCAUCAAAGAUAUAAUCCAGUGGCCCAGACCAGGCCCUCAGUGGGCUUUGGAGUAUGGCAUGCCUUCUACACAUGCCAUGGUUGGAGUGUCCAUACCAUUCUCAGUUUUGUUGUACACAAUGGGCCGGUACCAGUACAACGUUCCUUUGGGGAUGUGCAUUGCAGUUCUUUGGUGCACUUUGAUAAGCAUCAGCAGGCUCUAUUUAGGAAUGCAUACAGUUUUGGAUGUCAUAGUUGGUUUAGCGUUAGCCGUACUCAUUAUGUUUCCCAUUGUUCCUUUGGUAGACUUAUUCGAUAAUUAUUUACUUACAAGUCCCACAUCUCCGAUAUUAUUACUAGUUUCGUCGAUUUUGUUGAUAUUCUACUAUCCAAACAGUGGCAAAUGGACUCCAACCAGGGGAGACACUACAAUGAUCCUCUCCGUCUGCGUCGGAAUCCAAAUAGGCUCCUGGCUGAACUUCCACUCCGGCCUGAUGACCCCAUCAGAGCUCACACCACCAUACAUCAUCAUGUGGCCCUCCUACACCAUGUUCGGAUGCCUCCUCCUUCGCACCUUCAUCGGAUUCGUCACUGUACUACUCACGAAGAAAGUCUUCACCAGCAUCACCUACAACUUCCUCUGUGCUAUUCUCAGACAAGACGUCAAUAAUCUGAAGAAGUCUGAAAAUACACUGCAAAACAAGCACAAGACUUUCGUCGAGCUGAGCUGCAAGUACGUCUUUUGUGCCAUGAUCGGUUUCAACGCUGUCUAUGUGCUGCCUCAGCUGUUUAGGUUUUUGCGAAUCGAAAGACCUACGUUUUUCACAGAGAUUUGAUAAUUACUUUUUUGUAAAGGUAACUAUACAUAUAUCUAGUCAAAUUACAUCUCAGUUUAUGAUCAGGGUUGUUAACAAAUAUUUGGAGGGAUGAACGUCAAAUGUUGUAAAUAAAAAGAACGAAUCCAGUUAUUGUUACAGUUAUUAAAAAAUGUCUUUAGGCCAGUUA